GGAGCGGAUGUUGUGAUUGUGGCUGUUCCUGUCCGUCCCUUUCCCCGGCCGGGAUUAUGACGGCCGCUUCCUGCCGGCGGCUCUGAGAGGCGGCUCCGGUCGUGGUGGGGCAGAGGAAGUGGCCCUCCGCUUGGCCGGCAUCCUCCCUCGCCGCUCUCGGGAAGAGUCGGCCCGGCCAUGGCGGACUUCGACGAGAUCUACGAGGAAGAAGAGGACGAGGAGCGGGCCUUGGAGGAGCAGCUGCUGAAGCACUCGCCGGACCCGGUGGUGGUGCGCGGCUCGGGCCAUGUCACUGUUUUUGGGCUGAGCAACAAAUUUGAAGCAGAAUUUCCUUCAUCAUUAACAGGAAAAGUUGCACCCGAGGAAUUUAAAGCCAGCAUCAGCAGAGUGAACAGCUGUCUUAAGAAGAAUCUUCCAGUAAACGUCCGAUGGCUCCUCUGUGGUUGCCUGUGCUGCUGCUGCACUUUAGGUUGUAGUAUGUGGCCAGUGAUUUGCCUCAGUAAAAGAACACGAAGAUCGAUUGAGAAGUUAUUAGAAUGGGAAAACAAUAGGUUAUACCACAAGCUGUGCUUGCAUUGGAGGCUAAGCAAAAGGAAAUGUGAAUCGAAUAACAUGAUGGAAUAUGUCAUCCUUAUAGAAUUUUUACCAAAGACACCAAUUUUCCGACCAGAUUAGCAUUUGCUUUACAAUAGAGACUUUCCCAAGUAUGUUGUCUUUCCAAUGGUGCCUUGCUUGGUGCUCUACUGGUGGUGAUACAAGCGUGGGUUCUACAGAAUCUUGUGGUGUUUUUCAUUAUUUGUUAUUUUUUUUAAAUAACAGCAUGUUCAAAGUGCAUUUUGUCAAAUAUUGCAGAAAUCAUUUCAUGCAAUGUCAUAGAUAUUUAAGUUAUUAUCUGUCCCUCUUCUGUUGUCCAUGUAUCCUGAUUUUCAGAGUCUUUGUAUAGACAUAUAUGUGUGUAUGUGUUUUUGAGUGUGUGUGUGUAUACACACACACAUAUAUAGCUAUAAAUACACAACCAAAAAUAGCUAUAAGUGAGAAGGUAUUUUAACCCCAAGAUACACAUCUGUAAGUUGUGAGAGUUAGCAAUCACUCUGACCUAUGCACCUGCAUCUAGUCUUUGAUAUUUCCAUGUUUUGCCAGUGGCAUAUCUGUACAUAUCAGUUUUCCCUUCUCCAUUCUGGAACAUCGAGCAACCACCUGUGAGGUGAUCAGCGGCAGCACUGGUUGAUAUCCAAACAUCACUUCUCCAUUCCAUGAAGAAAAUCCUGUCAGCUCUGAAGAUUGUUCCUCCUCCAAGAAACUUGAAAUUGGAUCACUGUUGUUCCACUAGAAGGAUGGGUGAUAGAUUUCUGUGUGUCCAAUGGUUAAUACUGCUCAGGAUCAUUAAAAAAAAAAUAUCAUUAGUAUUUCAUAGCAGGCGGUGGCAGAUGUAAUGCCGAUCAGUCUCUUAACUUUUGCUAAGAGAUCAGGGGGGAACGGGCUCUUAACCUUUUAAGUACAGGUUUAAAAGAAAUAGACCAAGGCUGUAUCUGCGGUGGCUGAGAGGGAGAAUGCUGUGCCUAUUGUGAAUCGGGAUGCCGGCACAAAGUUGGCAACUGGCAAGAGACUCAUUGUUGGGUGGGAGGGAGGGUUCAUAAUGAUGUUAUCGGCGACGCUCUGGCAUUCGACCAAAAUUCAAUCGCUUAACCAUUGAGUUUUGACUGAAUGCUAGAGCGUCACUGGUAUCACACAGAUGUAAUAUCUGGUUCUGCUGGAAGUGACAUCAGUGUGUUAAAAUGCUGGUGGUAAAAAAAAAACAAAAACCAUUUUUUUCCCUGCCAUCCAGCUGAGCAGCAAUGGGGACCGGAGAGCCCUUGCCCGCAACAGGAACAUGGCAACUGCAGUUGUGGCUAACGCCAUUGUUUUUAUUGUUUACCACAGCUAAUAGUACACAAGAAUGCAAGAUUGUUAGACAUAUAUUUGUUAAAAGAUUUACUUUGGAAUGAGGUUUUUAAAUGUUAGUGUUUGACCCCAAUCUGUUGAAAGUCAGAGGCUCUCAAUCCCUAGUGAAAGCAAUGUGGUAGUUUCAAUGGGACUGAAAAGUGUAACUAACUUUCUAAUUUUUUAUUUUUAAACUCUCCCUUGGGUUGGGACCUUUAUAUGUAAAACAUUGGGAGCGUUGUGCCAGAAGUUGUGUCUUGACUUUUUACAUCUGUCUGCCAGAUGUAUAAAUAAAAAAUGGGUUAUUUGACUAAUUGCUUACAGAAUGUAUUGGGUAAACACGACAUCCUGACUUCUUCCUUUAAGUUUACAGGUUAGCCUUUUAUUUUUGCACAAAACAUUUUAAAAAUAUGGGUAUGUGAUAGUAUGCUUUGGUCAGGCCAGUUUUUAGUUUUUGGUCAUCUUUCUUGGCUGUGCAUAUCUUCAUGUAUUAUGUUUAAAGCCUACAUAAUGAUGUUAUUUCUCAAAAUGUGUUCCUUUUGAGUUUAACAUACUUGAGCUAUCACAUAUGUUAAGGGCCUAUUCAUCAUGUAGCAGAGCAAUAAUGUGAAUAGUCAACAAAUGCACCCUGCUUAAUAUUUGUAUUAAUAACAAGUUUACCCCUCUGCAAGAAUACCGUUUUUCUUUUAAUUGUUUAAAUACAAGUUUCACAUUAUUGUCAUUAAUCAAAUAUGUGGAUUGUGUAUUUGUUCGGUGUUUCCCAUUCGUUAGCAGGAUCUUCAUUUGCAGGUUGCCUAUCCUUUGUUGCUGUGGUGGCCAGAAUGUUCUAGAAACGUAUUUUGAGUCGACGUUUGUCUAGGCUCUCCUUGCAUGUCACAAAAUACAGUUCU